CGGAUCUGUCAAUAAAGCUGAGCGGGACGCAGUGCCCUUGUGUCAUGGCGGAAUACAAGGAGAGUCCUCUGGCCAGCCGGCCCGCGGAGCUGGAUCCGGCCCGGUACUUUGGCCAGACCCUGGAGCAGAAGAGGCUGCAGGAGAAGAGGGAGGCCCUGAGAGCCCAGGUCAAGAGGGAAUACCUGCUGAAGCUCAACAACCCGCACAGGAUCGGCAUGGUGGAGGACCCCGCUAUCACCCGCUGGAUGUACGCCCGGAAUCAUAACAUUUACCCCAACUUCCGGCCGAUGCCCAAGAACUCUCUGCUCGGGCUCCUGUGGACGGCGGGGCCCUUCUUCUUCUUCUAUGGUCUCAUCUCACAUGACCGGGACCGAAAAGAGAAGCUAAUCAAAGAGGGGAAAUAUGAGCGGCCGUUCCACCUGUCCAACUGAUGGCGACCGCGCCAAACCGUGUAAUAUAAUAUAUGUAAUAAACUACUGUCACCUGGUGA